GCUCGUUUCUACAGGUUUCCAUUCAGUAGGCGGUGGCAAAUCAAAACGCUGCUUCUGCUGUCCUUCUGUGCUAUUAUCGGUAAGAAACACCCAGGAGGAACGAUGAAUCCGUUUCCAAAGUUUACCUAAAAAGCUAUAGACAGAUCCUACCUGAAGAAUAAAUGGACGAAUCUGACCUCACGAACGGAAUAACUACUGAUUCUGCGUCUACGAAGAAACGUCUAGCAGUUCAUUUGUUUUUACAGGUCUGUUUGUGUCCCUGCAGACCUCCUGACACUUUCCAGCUCCCCGGAGGAGUAAUUUGGCAUUGAGGAAGUGCACACAGCAUACAAAGAAAUGACUGAACAGGGUUUUUCCCCUUCUACUCUACUAAAGCGUUAUCGUCUGGCCAUGACAGAGUCCAACUCAGUCUCCUCACCAUCCGGGACUGCUGCUGAGGACCCAUCAGAGGGUAAGGACAUUUCAGCAGACGGGGAUCCCAACUUCCCCAUGUCUUCACUGGCAGAACUUCUGGACAUUGAUGAUGGAUCACAGCCAGCUCAGGAUUCAGCUCGACCUGGACAACAGAAUGAUAACAAGCAGAACUCGCGAAUAAGGUUCGCAGGGGCCUUUAAAAAGGGAGUUCCUAACCCCAUGGACCUUCUUGAGUCCACCAUGUCUGAGUAUCCAGUGGCACCUGGGCCGAAGAAAGCACCUAUGGACUCCCUGUUUGACUACGGCUCAUGUAGGGAGGUCAACAACCAUAAAAAACGCAGGAAGAAACUUCCGCGAGGGAAGGCUGAGAUUGAGAUGUCAUGUGACGAGGGAUCCCCGGACCCCCCUGUUCUUAAAGUCUUCAACCGCUGGCUGUUGUUUGAAGCCGUAUCUCGAGCAGAUAAAAGAGCUCUGGAUGGUCUCCUGCAGUAUCUUCAGUCAAAUGAAAAGAGGCUGACAGAUGAGGAGUUCAAAGAACCUUCUACAGGGAAGACUUGCCUACCAAAAGCACUUCUGAACCUGCACAGUGGUCACAACGACACCAUCCCCAUGUUGAUGGACAUUGCCGAACAGACAGGAAACCUCAGAGAGUUCAUUAACACGCCCUUCAGAGAUGUGUAUUAUAGGGGUCAGACAGCACUGCAUAUUGCCAUUGAACGACGAUGCAAACAGUACGUGGAGCUUCUGGUGGAGAAGGGGGCUGAUGUUCAUGCUCAGGCCAGGGGCCGAUUCUUCCAGCCCAGAGAGGAGGGUGGAUACUUCUACUUUGGUGAGCUGCCUCUCUCACUUGCAGCUUGUACCAACCAACCAGACAUGGUGCAUUACCUGACCGAGAACAGCCACAAGGCGGCAGAUCUGCGGAGGCAGGACUCGAGGGGAAACACAGUCCUGCACGCCCUGGUCCGUAUCGCUGACAACACUCGGGACAACACGCGUUUCGUCACUAAGAUGUACGACUUGCUGCUCAUUAAAUGUGCCAAACUCUACCCAGACUGCAACUUGGAGAAUGUACUCAACAAUGAUGGCAUGUCCCCUCUCAUGAUGGCCGCCAAGCUGGGCAAAAUCGGGGUGUUCCAGCACAUCAUCCGGAGAGAGAUAAAAGAUGAGGAAGCUCGACAUCUUUCCCGGAAAUUUAAGGACUGGGCUUAUGGACCCGUAUACUCCAGCCUGUAUGAUCUGUCUUCACUGGAAACCUGCGGAGAGGAAGUCUCUGUUCUGGAGAUACUCGUCUACAACAGCAGGAUCGAGAAUCGCCAUGAGAUGCUGGCGGUGGAACCCAUAAACGAGCUGCUGAGGGCCAAGUGGCAAAAGUUUGCCGCUGUGACCUUCUACAUCAGUGUGUUUUCCUACCUUGCCACCAUGAUCAUCUUCACCCUUGUGGCCUACUAUCGCCCAUCCACGGGUACACCCCCUUACACCUACAACUCUACACAGGACAAGGUACGUUUGGCAGGCGAGAUCAUAACCGUGGCUUCUGGAGUCUUCUUCUUCACAACAAAUAUUAAGGACCUUUUCCUGAAGAAGUGCCCGGGGGUGAAUUCUUUAUUUAUUGAUGGAUCCUUUCAGCUUCUCUACUUCAUCUACUCUGUGUUGGUGCUGGUGAGUGCAGCGCUGUAUCUGUCAGGGAUCGAGGCCUACGUGUCUGUGAUGGUGUUUGCUCUAGCAUUAGGUUGGAUGAACACCCUCUAUUUUACCAGAGGCCUUAAACUCACGGGGACUUACAGCAUCAUGAUUCAGAAGAUCCUCAUCAAAGAUUUGUUCCGGUUCCUGCUGGUCUACGUGCUCUUCAUGAUCGGCUAUGCAUCAGCGUUAGUCUCACUGCUGAAAAUCUGCCCUGAAAAGAAUAUAUGUAAUGGUACCUGCCCCAAAUACCCAGAAUGCCGAGAUACAAACACCUUCAGCGAAUUCCUGUUGGACUUGUUUAAGCUGACCAUAGGCAUUGGAGAGCUGGACGAGAUGUUAAAAGGCGCACAGUAUCCCGUCGUCUUCCUCAUCCUCCUAGUCACCUACAUUAUUCUCACCUUCGUCCUGUUACUCAACAUGUUAAUUGCUUUGAUGGGAGAGACAGUGGGACAGGUGUCCAAAGAGAGCAAGCAGAUCUGGAAACUGCAGUGGGCAACUACUAUCCUGGACAUCGAGCGGUCCUUCCCCGUGUGUCUGCGGAAGUCUUUCCGUGUUGGAGAGAUGGUUACUGUGGGCAAGGGCUUGGAUGGAACGCCAGACAAACGCUGGUGCUUCAGAGUGGACGAGGUCAAGUGGUCCCACUGGAAUCAAAAUCUAGGGAUCAUAAAUGAGGAUCCAGGCCAGAAGGACCUUUACGAGCAGACACAGGGCGGACGAGGACUUCGAAGAGAUCGCUGGUCCACUGUCGUCCCAAGAGCGGUUGAGCUGAACAGGGGCUCCAGAGACCAUAUGGUAGAGAUGGAGCCUCUCACAAGCAGACACAGACACAAGUCUGAAAGCUAAAGCUGAACUCUAAGGACUUAAAAGAGGGUCAAGCCCUUGAAACUUUCAUUACUGGGCAGACAGUUAUGCAUUUUAUAAAAGCUGACAAUAGUUGUAGAGUAUUGGGAGAACAGCUUCAUAUAUUAUGACUUUUAAAUGUAUCUUGAUUGUGUUUUACAUGCAUAUUUGUACCCAUGAGACACUCAGGAACAUAUUUGAUGUGUAAUAUUGUAGUGUUUUUUCAUGGAGUGUGCAAUAGAUUUUAUGAACAAAAAAAAAAUUUGUUCAUUAUUAUUUUGAAAAAAAAAAAACACUCCACAAGGACUUGGAUUUGAGUAUCAGCGUCUGUCUGCUCUAUUGAUUCCUUCUGACAUUUUUGUGGAUUAUGUGGAAAAGGUUAUAUUUUAAUCAAUAAUCAUGUCAGAGUACCUCAGUGUUUAAUUAAGUACAGUCCUUUUUUUAAUGAAAAAUCAUAUUGUUAUUCUUUUGUUAUAUUGCCAACCCAUAAUGGAAAGACGAAAAAUGCUGCUCUGAUUUGGCUUUUGGCUUUGUUUUGUAAUAAAGGUCAUGUAGAAAACAGAUGUGGCACCCACACCAGGAGUGUGCACAACGCCAGACAGCAGCAGUUUGCUAUUUUCACCUCAGUAUGCUAGCAAUAGUGUGACACUGAACUUAAUUGGUGUGAUAGUGGUAAUGAUUUUAAGCGAUCCUUUCAGUUUAGAGCCGUCUAAACCCAUGCCAAAAGACACAAUGGCACAUAUUGUAGGGGAACUGUUUUAUGCAUUUUUUAUAUAUUUUAUAUAUGUUUUUAAAACAGAGUACAAAAGGCAUUGUCUGUAUGCUGUAGUACGUUUUUUUUUUUUUUUUUUGUAGUCCAUGAAGUGUGAUGUAGAGGACUGGAAUAGGGGAACUGUGUUUUUGUUUACAGGCCUGAUUUCCACACACUAGUCAUUUCAAGUAUCCUUUGUAUUUUAUUAGACACUAAGUAUAGUUUAUGUAUCAAAGGAAUGAACAGAAAUAGAUAGUAAUAUAUUCUUGGUGGCAGAUAUUAUCCUGCCAGUAUGUUAUGUUUGAUGCUGCUGUCAAUAAGCCUUAUUUUAUGCUCUGAACUGGAUGACUAUUCAGACAAUCAGAGAGAUUUGUUCCAUCAAUAAUAAAGAGAUUCUGGAUC